UGACCACAAUGUUCUUCACAUCUUCAUAACUAAUUACUUACUUAAAAUAUAAGAAUAAUUUUAAUACCUAGUACUUUCAAAAUGGAUGUUUCAUCGGACACGGAAAAGGAAUCACUAGGUGUAUCACCUGCAGUUCUAGCUAAACGUUACCUAGUUAAACCGAAUCCGUGGUGCUCAAAACUUGAUUUGGAAUUUGAUGUUUAUUGCGAUGCUGCCAACCCAAAACUUAUAAGUUACAAAAGCAUUACCAAAGCUGCUUCAGAAAUCAAGAGUGUAAUAGCAAAAACUCCUCUAAGAAAGUCAAAAUGCUGCGUCCAAUUCAAUAUGGAGUUACAUUACAAAUUUGAGUUAUUUCAUCAGACAGGAAGUUUCCAUGAAAGGAGCGCGUUAUACUCCCUAAAAAUGUUAGACGAAAGACAACGAGCAGCCGGUGUCAUCACUGCCUCACUGGGAAAUUGGGCUCAAGCUCUAGCGUAUUAUGGAAAACGCUUGGGUAUCCCAGUGAUCGUCGUUCUCCCCGUUCACACUAUGCCAGAUAUAACUAAGAAAUGCGAAGAUUUCGGGGCUCAAGUUAUAUUGCGUGGAAACGAUUUUGGUGAAGCAAAACGACAAGCAUUUCAAAUCAUUUCUAAUGGAAAAAACUGUUCAUACAUAAACGGUUAUGACCAUCCGAACGUGAUAGCGGGAGCAGGUACCAUAGGCUUGGAAAUAUUAGAACAACUUCCGGGCACACAAGUAAUUCUCGUUCCAGUGGGCGGUGGAGGAUUGAUAGCUGGAAUCGCGACUGCAGUCAAGCAAUUAAGGCCUGAAAUUCUCAUUUAUGGUAUCCAGUCUGAUAAAUGUGGCAGUUUUUAUAAAGCUAUGGAAAAUAAUCGACCUAUUAACACAAGUGUAUAUCACGGUUUAGCCGAGUCUUUAGCUAUACCUCUUGUGGGUUAUAAUGCAUUUCAUUCUGCACAUCAUCUCGUCGAUAAAAUGGUUUUGGUAAACGAUGAUUCGUUAACUAGAGCUAUUUUACACUUGGCAGAAGAAGAAAAGGUGAUCACAGAGGGUGCGGGUGCAAUUAGCGUGGCUGCUUUGCUUGCAGCUCCAAAUAUAUUACCUGAAUUACAGAACAAAACUGUUGUUUGCGUAAUCACUGGCGGAAACAUUAACCAUAUUAUAUUGACUCGAUGUUUGGACCGCGCCAAAGCAAUAGAAGGUCGACUAAUUAAAAUUACUAUUAAAUUAGCCACAGAAGAUUCUAAAGGACAUGCAAAAAUAUUAAGAAUAAUAGCCAGUAUGUCUUGUAAUAUUCUUCAAAGUUACAGAGAAAGUGGUUGGCUAAUCGAAGACAGAUUCUACACAACAUAUCUAAUUCUUAUUUGUGAGACUCGGGGUAUACAACACGCAUGUUCAGUAAAACGGGUUCUGAAUACACUGUUUCCAGACUUGUGUCAAUUUGAAGAGGAACCUUUUAACCCUGUAGAAGCAUGUUGUUGUUUUCCCAAGAGAUUUCCAUAACGCUUAAUACGACGUGUAUAUACAUUUAACUAUAAUACGGCAAUAAAAUAAUUUAUGUACCCAAUCUUCCAUUUCAUAAAAAUAUGCAUUAAAUAAA